AUGUCUUCCUCAAGCGGCUCCAAGACUGGUUCACUGAGCUCCGCCAAAUCGUUCUACUCCCCAAUCAUCACCGUCCGUGUGGGCCCCGAUAAACAAGAAUUCUAUAUACACAAAGGGGUGCUCUGUUCCAACUCGAACUACUUCGCCAAAGCUCUUUCUGGACAAUUCCAGGAGGCGAAAACGAAUACAGUUGAGCUUGACGACGUUCACGUGCUGCUAUUCAAGGUCUUCGUUGCCUGGCUGUACACCGGAAAGCUCACCUACGAAUCCUCGGACCCAAGUGUGUCAGCGCAAGACGAGUUCGAGAAACUCGACACUAUGCUCAACGAACUGUACCCCUUGGACCGAGAAGAUGAUCCAGAAAGCGACAUGCCUAUGACAGACGACCUUUCUGAAUUCGAUGCAGAGGAUCCAACGACCUGGACCCACACAAUACUUUGCGCACUGUUUGUUCUGGCCGAUCGCUUGGAUACACCCAGACUCAAGGUGUUGGUUCUCGACUUCAUUCCCGGCAGAGAGCGAUGUAUGGACAUCUUGCCAAGUCAUGCCGCUAUACUCUACUCAAACGCAAACACAACGAAAAGCUCUCCAUUACGCCGACUCCUGGUCCACAUCGCUGCCUAUACAUCAUCUUUUGGCCAGUCAAGCUGCACAUGGAACCACUUGCCUCCUGAGUUCCUCACUGCCGUGUUGGUGACACUGGGAAGGAGGUUACCUGCCAAACAAUGCAAGUCAUGUUUCGACGACGCUCUUUACAACAACGGGAUCUACGAUCGAGUCAUAGAUGAUGUGGAUAGAACAGAAGACAUGCCUCCUUUCCGCCGCGAUAUCUGUUUCUACCACGAGCAUAAAGAUGAGGAGGAAAAGGAAGCAUGCCGUGCCGAGCGCGAAAAGCAGGGCGGUUGAGUCUUCAGCAACAACCGGAUCCAGGACCACUCCGUUCAACGACCAAAACAGAACUACUCGCCUCAGCCGAGCAUCCACAUACAGAAUUCGAAAGCAGAGAGCAAGAGCGAAGCUCGGGUCAAACCUUGCAAUGGAAUUACAAUGGUGCAGAAGAAGUAAGAAACACCCAUCGGGUAGCAGAGAAGAAGAGCAGGAGCAACGUUCAACAAAGGCACAUAACAAAGACAAUUUUUUGGACGGGCAGGAAUAAAGCAGCAACACAUUGAGAUCCAGAGAGGGAUCGGAAGAACAGUCAUACACAAUACGGAGCUGACAGAGUGCCGUCGAGUUGCUGGAUGUUUUGCUCUGCUUGAUCGACUCAAGCCUUCGUAGCAUUGAGACAGACUUCUGUGCUGCCAGCACGAUAUCAACUCUAGUAGAUACAGAAAUCGAAC